AUGUGCAUAACGAAUUUCCUCGACAGUCAUUAUGAUUCGUAUUUCUGUUUCUCUCCUCAUCAUUGUACUCAGCCCCCAGCGACCCCAUCCAACAACACAGUAGUUACAGGAAAUAUUGUUGGACAAUCCGUAACUUCUUUAAAGCAAGAAGUUGCACAACAAGCAGCUGCAUUUGUGGCAAAUGGUCGCACGUCUCUCACAAUGAAUCAAGCCUCCGGUCAAGUGGUCCCUACUUUGAACACCGAUGGCUCGUCCGCUGGGGUUCAGCCUAUACAGACGGUGACUAUCGCCUUGGGUGGAGCAGGUACUAUCGCAACUGCAAGUGGGAGCGAAGGGCAGACCUCAAAUGCAGCAGGAACCACGCCAAAUAGCACUGCGGUCACAACUACCAGUGUGAGUGCUCUCCCCGGUCAAACAAUAGUCCAAGCUGCAGGUGCCACUCCUGGUUCCACAAUUCAAUUUGCAGCAGUCCCAGCUCCACAGGGAACCGUGGCUGCCUCCGCCGGAACUACAGUUGUAGCGAAUACUCAAGCAGGUACUACGGUAACAGCCGCAGCCAAUACAACUCCAGCUCCGAUCCAGUACGUUCUUCAGCUUCCUGUCGGUGCUGCUGGAGGUGCAACUGCCGCCGGUCAACCGUUCCAGAUCCAGUUGUUACCACAACAUUUUCAGGCCUCCAGCACAGAUGCGAUAUCCAGCUCGCAACCCGGAACUUUGCUGACCGACGCUAAUGGAAACACCAUCCCAGUUGUCCAGGUGGUUUCCCAGGCCGGUGGAUUAACUCUUCCCAUCGUUCAGGAUGCGAACGGCACACGAACACAGAUUAUACAACUUCAGCGCGUCCGCGCAGCGGCGUUUAUCGAUCGCUUGGAUGUGACAUCUUACUCCACGUUCCCACUCACCAGUCAAUCGCGAUUAUCGUUCACCCGUUUACAAGUUAGUACGAGCGACCGAAUGGCCAUGGAUUUGGUGGCCACUGCAGCACAAGUGACCACAUUCGAGUGCCCCACGGAAUUGCGAGAAAAAAACCUUUGCCGAUUACAAAGAUGUAUUUUCAUCAAAAUCAUCAAUCGUCGUUUGUCUCAAUCUAGCUCUCCUUUGGAAAUCAACAAGCGUGCUGUUCAAGUCAUUUGUACACCCCAGUAA